AUGGAGGUGCCCGCCAGGUCCGGGGACGCCGAGGCGACGGUGGCGUACAGGCUGCCGCCGUGCCGAUUCUGCCACGAAGAUGUCUUAUUUUGCGUGGACGUGGACGUGGAAACUCAGGUGGAGAUGAAGGCGUCAGGUCCCAAGGGCAGGCCCAUUUAUCGUCUCGAUGCCAUCAAGCAGGCCAUCCUCCUCUUCGUCAGCGCGAAGCUCUCUAUCAAUCCCGGUCACCGUUUUGCCUUCUCUGUUCUGGAGCGGUCCUUUGACUGGGUAUAAGCAGAUCAUCAGCUACCCCUUUCAUCAAGCACCCGAUGGAUUUAUUACUUGGUCUUUAGGUCGAAAAUAUCUGAAGGUUGUAUUGUUAUAUGCUACGUUACCCUGGCCAUUAUCCAUUUACUGAGCUCUGGCUGAUCAGAUCCGUGCGUCCGAUUGCUAAUGACUGCUUGAUGCUAUUCCGAUGUUGGAUUUUACGCUGUCCAUUGGAAAAAAAAUACAGCUCGCCGGUUUUCUGUAUUAUCUUUUCUCCAGGUUUAUGAAAAAUGACUGGAUUCCUGAUUCUUCUAAAUUUUCUGUGCUCUUUUUUUUGUUCUGAAAUUAUCCUUCUCCAAUCAGGCUUUCCUAUGAUAAAUCAUUCCACAGUAACAUGUCAAGUCCUAUAAGCUGAUAUUUGUUAGGUUGAAAAUAUAAGUCUUGUGGCAUUCCGACUAAUCCUGUUAAUUUUUUGGAGGAUGAAUCUUCUUAAUUACCUUUAGAAACUUUGAAGGAUCCAUGAGAGAUUACACAUAGUGAUAUUUUCGUUUAUGCUUUGCGUGAGAUGUUUGUCAUCAGAAUGCAUUUUAUAAUGCGUGUUCACCAUAAUUUUUAUAUUUCUGGAGUGUCUCAGGGUUCAUCUUCAAUCUGAAUUCUUACUAUUCAAUACCAGCAGUUUGUUGAUUAGUACAAUUCUUAGCGUUUCUUAUUUAUGACCUCGCUUUUCUAGAUCCGGAAAGAGUUCAGCAACGAAGUUGAUUCUGCGCGUGCUGCAGUUCAGAAGCUCAGAGCUUCUGAUUCACCUUCUGGCCUUGCUGAUCUGACCCAGCUUUUCCGAGUUGCUCACAAUGAAGCCAAGAAAUCCAUAGGCCAAGGCCGGCUCUUCAGAGUGGUAAUAUUUCCAAAUCCUUACCUGUAAAUGGACGGAUUAUCGGUAUUCUGCAAAUAUUGCAGUCAACCAGAUUAUUUUUAAAACUAUUUAUGGGGUGUUCGGACCACUUUUUGUUCUUGCAUUGUACAUCAGUGAAAGAAACGAAGCUGGAAUAGGAAAGGAGAAGUGGUUUCCCCUGUUGCUUAUCAUCCAAUGGAAAUAUCAGUUCCACAACUCUCAUGGGGCUAGCCCCAAAAUAACUGAUUCAACAAGAAAAUAUCUCUGAAAAUUAGGGUUCUCUGAUUCGGCACCUGUUCUUGUCAGAUUCUUUCAAGAAUAAGUGUCUUAAAUUGGCAGGAUUUUCUUUGGCAGAAGGGGAGAUUAUGAUGGUAUUGAAUUGGUUGCAAUCUCAUGGGGAAAAUAAUUCUCUUCUACGAUUUAUUACUGCAGGAUCCUAUUGAUUUCUUUCUUUGAGAAGACUGCCAUAGAGGAAUGUUACUUGUGAAGUGAUCGCCUCCCAUUAGUCCGGUAUCAGUGGAUUGACAUACGCUUUAUCUGUGAUUUGAGUCGCUGAACGAGUUGGGUAGAUGCCUUUGGUUGUGUUUCUCAUCAUGGCAACCCCAUUUUGGGUUCAUUUACUGUUAGUCAUAGGUUCAAUCCCAUCUGAAUUGUAUGUGUGGAGACUCAAGAAAACCAUUAGGGAAACAUGGUGGGGGAGCAUCGGAGGUCGGAUAUUUCCUUGAUGCAAGGAUCAACCCCAAGAUUUCGUUCCCCGCUUCAUGGCAUCAUGUUGCUGAGCCUGCAACUUUCAUCCCAGGCUGUGAUCAUUUCUCAGGACUCGAAAAAGGAGAGAACUUUGGUGGCGAUUUUUUUUGAAAAUUUGAAAUUCUCACAGUUGGCGCUGAAUCUCUCUGGAAUGUUUUUCUCUUAACAAGUAUAGUAAAUUUUUUGGUUGAUUUAUUCUCUUCCCUUGAUUCUGUUUGAAUGACUUGAACAAUCCUAGCAGCUUUGGAGGAACCUAAACAGAAAUGAGUUGCUUCAGAUCUUGUCAAUUAAGAUGUAAAAGAUUUAGAUCCGUUUUACUAUGAGAAUCAACAACUUUGGAAGGAUUGAGCAAAAAUAAGUUGCUUCAUAUUAUGUUGAGUAAGCACUCUGAGAGCAAAGGAUGAGUCGCUUCAUGCGAGGCUGACUAAUGGUUCUAUAUUUGUUGUGGGUUUUCUACUCUGAGAAGAAAACUAGCAACUUUGCAGGAAUCUGAACAACAAUGAAAAUGGUUCUCAUCAUCAUGUCGAUCAAGAGCUCCUGACCCACCUGUGAUGUCAUAUUCUGCAGGUGCUCAUCUACUGCAGGUCCUCUACCCGCCCUCAGCACCAGUGGCCCGUGAGCCAGAAGCUCUUCACUCUGGACGUCAUCUACCUCCACGACAAGCCCGGCCCCGAGAACUGCCCCCAGCGCGUGUACGACGCCCUCGUGGACGCCCUGGAACACGUCAGCGAGCAAGAAGGAUACAUCUUUGAGAGUGGCCAAGGGCUGGCCCGCGUCCUCUUCAAGCAGACUUGCCUUCUUCUCUGCCAUCCCCACCAGCGCUGCACUCAGGAAGACCUUGACAUUCCCAAAUCCCUCGCCAGGAGGUCCCCGCCGCCGGCCGACGCUGCGCCACCGGAGGACGCCACCGCCGCCCGCCCGAUCCCUCACUCGCCGGCGUGA